GACACAGACAGGUCGCCAGUCCCUCAUGGGGAACACUGUAGUCAUUAGUAGAAAAAGUAAUCCCGUUACUGCCACCAGCCAACAGGACUCACUAGCAGACUGAUGCGCACAGCUAUUGGACGCAGCGAGGGUUGGACUGCAGCACCCCGCCGCCUGUUAUUCAAACGCAGGCAGCGCGUCCGGCCAGUCGCUCCUCGCCGCGCGCUGGAUAUGGAUCAGGACGCAGCGCGCCUUCCUGCUGUCUCCCGCGGACAGGCUGCGCUCUGCGGCGCAUAAAGAGGUGCCCAAAUGAACCGCCGCCCUCCCGGCUCCUCCGGCGUGCAAUGGCUUAACAGGAGAGACAUGAGUGUCCGGACGGAGGACAGCAUCACCUUGUGCCAAAGGGCUCUCCAAAUCGUUACGGAACUUUGUCUCACGGGACACGUAGACCGGGAGAAAUGUUCGGAUAUAUUUCCCCUGGAGAGCAACAUACCAGGUAAAGGACACGCAGACAUCUCUAUUAGUCUCCUUGCUGUGGUCGUGGGUUUCUGUGGCCUCGCCCUGUUGGUAGUCUCUCUCUUUGUCUUUUGGAAGCUGUGCUGGCCCAUUUGGAGGAGCAAGGCUCUGUCAGCCCACGCUGAAAAUGGUCUCCAUGUGGGUUUCCCCGAGGCACCUCCACCCAGCUCCCCGCCCAUCACCGAGUGUAAAGCGGCGGAGGUGGAGAAGAAGUACCCGCUGGAAGUGAAGGUGAACGGACGGAGCUCUGUCAAGCUCCUGGAGGCGGCCAUGAAGAUCAGCCAGACGUCUCCGGACAUCCCUGCCGAGGUGCAAACAGCCCUGAGGGAGAAGCUCAGCCAGCAGGCUAAGAUCCAGAGGCAGACCACAGAACCAACCUCCUCCUCCAGGCACAAUUCAUUCCGGCGCCACCUGCCUCGUCAGAUGAAUGUCACCAGUGUUGACUUCAGCAUGGACACAGUGCCUCUUCGCCAGUCUUCUACGGCGAGCAUCGGAAGAAUAAAACCUGAACUGUACAAGCAGAAGUCUGUGGACUCGGAGGGUGAGGCCAAAGAGCCCGUGGAGACUUGUGGGAAGCUGAGCUUCUCGCUGCGUUACGACUACGAGGAGCAGGCUUUGGUGGUGAGAAUCCUCAAGGCCUUAGACCUGCCCGCCAAGGACUUCACGGGCACCUCAGACCCAUACGUGAAGAUCUACUUGCUGCCAGAGAGGAAGAAGAAGUUCCAGACACGUGUCCACCGCAAGAAUCUGAACCCCAUGUUUGACGAGACCUUCUGUUUCCCCGUGGUGUACGAUGAGCUUUGCAACCGCAAGCUACACUUCAGCGUCUACGACUUUGACCGCUUCACCAGCCACGAUAUGAUUGGCGAGGUGGUGGUGGACAACCUCUUUGAACUCUCUGAUCUUUCCAGGGAGGCGGUGGUGUGGAAGGAUAUCCACGCAGCGACGACGGAGAGUGUCGACCUGGGAGAGAUCAUGUACUCGUUGUGCUACCUCCCCACAGCAGGGAGAAUGACCCUAACAGUCAUCAAAUGCAGAAACCUCAAAGCCAUGGACAUCACAGGCUCUUCAGAUCCAUAUGUGAAGGUUUACCUGAUCUGUGACGGACGGCGGUUGAAGAAGCGAAAAACAACAACCAAGAAAAGCACACUAAACCCAGUGUACAACGAGGCCAUCAUCUUCGACAUCCCCCCGGAGAACGUCGAACAAGUCAGUUUGUCCAUCAUGGUGAUGGAUUACGAUCGGGUUGGACACAAUGAGGUGAUUGGUGUGUGUCGUGCCGGGCCAGAUGCUGAGGGCCUUGGACGAGAUCACUGGAACGAAAUGUUGGCUUAUCCACGGAAGCCCAUCACACACUGGCAUGCUCUGGGAGAGUGGCCUGGAAGAGCGGCAAGCUUUGAGAGUCAAGGUUCGUGUCCUUCGCCCAAACCUCCGCAGACACCCUGAUGAUCGCAGGUAGAGUGACGACAUCGCCUCUGUGAGAAAAACAGACGUUUGUUUAGAGUCGCCGACGAGUCGUGUUGCCUAUGAGUCUCUUGCCGAGCAUGUCGUAUGAAAACUGAAUCCAUUCCGACACGUUUUCUUAUGUGUUUAUGAAAACAAUGUUGUGUUGAAAUUGUUUUUAUUCAUUCGUUUCGAACAACGCGCUCUACAGAGCUGGCUAUGCACAGCAGUAACUGUCAUUCAGUUCCAGAGUUUGUUUCUCAUACAUCUGCUUUGAAAUUAUCAAAAAAGGCUUUAUUUGACAAACAUUUCCAUAGACCACAUGAAUGGUAGGCCUCACUGCAAGAAGUCCUCAGUGAUUCACUCGCAGCUGUAUCAACCUUUUCAAUAUUUUGAGCAACGUUUUUCUGGCCCGAGAGCUCUUUAGUGACGUUAGCAUUUUAAUUUGAAAUGGCACAAAGUUAAAGGGCUAUGCUGCUCAGUGCCGUGAAACAUUUACUUGAAAGAAAAAAAAAAAAUCAGUCGGUCAAUAAAUCCAGCGAGUCGUGAUCCAGCUGUUUUGGCUGAAGAAUGCAGGUAAUUGAGCGUCUAACAAAAGGGCUGGAUAAAUUUCUCAGAAAAAUCAUCGUUCACAACUGUCACGGACAGUUGAAACCGGCCAUUAACCAGCCAUCGUCACCUGCAGAUAUUAGGAAAAAAAAAUCGACAGCUCUCUCACAUUUAGAGAAACUAUAGCAGAUACAUGUAGCAGACAUAUGUACAGAGACAUGAACAACACUAAAAUCAAAGUGCGUUUGAAUGAAUUUGUUCCCAAAAUCCCGGCAGAGACGUUAAAAAAUAACAAUUUCAUAUUUAUUUUUGUAUAGCAGAUCAAUUUCAGUGAAUAACUGCAAACUGAACAAGCAACAUAUGGAUAUUAGUUACUCAUCCUCUUAUUACACCAACUGAAUAUAAUUAAACUGUUGUUCACACUGCAGAUGUCCCUCAUGUUGCAACUAAAAAGUGAAAUAAUGGCAAUGAACAACGGUCUGUUGGUUGAUGUUUUGACUCCACAUUUUACUGUAAGAAAUUAUUUAUAAAAAAGGAAAAUGGAAUCGUCUUCAUUAGGAGAUAUUAAUACAGUAACUAACAAUGUUCUGAAUAUGUGGGGACACUGCAUGUGCCAGUGGUUCAGAAAACAGUAUCCAACUGGUAAUUAUAGCCUUCAGUCCACAGUGAGUCUUCGCUAAACACCUCCCCCGAACAGUGAUUGUCCAAUCAUAGCUUAGCAGCGUUAACUAGGAACAGAAGGCCUGUCGAGCUUCGGUUUCAAGCUUCGGCUCCAAAGUGAGAAAUAAAAGACCAAAAGCGUAAAGGGAUGGAUUAAACUGUGUGCUUUAACGUAAGCUAAAAAUGUUAGCAUGUCUAGCUAACUAGCUUACCACCUGCAGUAGUAACCAAACCAAGCCUUACUUCCAAGGCCAAGAUGAAUCCCAGUGGAUUCUGGUCCUGAAGCUAAAAACAUUAUAUUCAAGUGUCAUUAGAGGCUCUGUCCUGCUGUUUUGGAUUUGAAUGACUUUACACUCAGCCAACCACAGCCCGACUCAUUAUCCAGGAUAGCAUUACAUUUUCACAAUUAACACAGUGAUUACUCCUCAUCCUAGAAUCAUUUCCUUGUGCAACGUUAAAAGUGAAACAUACAGUUUGAAAAUAUGAAAAAGAAAGCAGGUGAUUAUGCAUGUGAACGGGAUCAUCGUGGUGCUUUAGCCUCAGUCUUUAACAUCACAUCGUGCAAGUGCAUAUUUAAGUCCCGCCUUACAAUAUUGUAAUUUUAAAAUCGCGGUUUCAGCUGGAAACCUUUUUUUGUUUGUUUUUUUAAAUCAUCCGCAGAAGACAGCAUUUUCAACCAACUUGUGAAGACGGCAUUAGCUUAAUUAGCUAGCUAGUUACAGCUGAUAAACAGUUUGUCAUUUCAGGCAAAGAAAAUCAACAUUUCACGGUUAAAUAUGAGACGGCUGCUUUUGUCGAUCUGUCUGAGAUCAAGGACUCGAACGGUUAAUUGGUCAAACAACGAACGGUCAAACAGUAAUACCGAUGCUAAUCAAACCUCAAUUUAAAAGAAAAAGAAAAAAAAACUUUACUCUACAACUUGUCCUCACCUGUUAGAAAUUCAGGGAAAUAUUAUCCAUGAAAGGAGAAGCUACAAUCACACUCAAACAUUUGCAAAUAUAUAAGUUGUUUUUUUGUUUGUUUUUUUACAUGAAGCCAUAUGAAAUUAAGUUCAGUGCAUCUAACAGAGAACACUGACUCACCUUCUCCUUCUUUCUGAGUAAUAAGAAACCAACAUAGCAAAUAGAAAAAGGCUAUGUACUGUUAAUCUUACUUGCACAUGCAUAUAAUGAUGCUUUCCCCCCCUGUGCUGCCCUUAAUAUUAAAUAUUUUUACUUGUAGCAUGUUUGUUGCCACUUUAAAAACACUCUUACUGAGGGAAAAUGUAAGCAAUGGAUAUGUUAGAGUAUUUCAAAUUCCAAACUUUGUGUUUACAUUUGUAUAUAUAUACACACGCACUUGUCGAUGGCACUGUUUAUAUAUAUUGAAAAGUGAAAAUUAAGAAGUUGUCGUACACUUAUGGAGAUAAAGACAUCACGGUGUAUUUCUAUUGUUUGGUGAUAAUUUGAACAGCUCAGACUUGUAAUCGAGUGAAAUUUAUACAUGUUCUGUAAUAGUUGUGAACAAUUAGUCAAACUGGGAAACCAAGUGAAGCCAACUCUACCUUAUCAAGUUAUUCCAUGUUUAGGAGUUUAGAGCUUUGAGCUGUAAUUGUUUGCAUAUUGGUUGAAUCUAUUAUUGAGCAAGAACAACUGCAACUACUGUCAUGAUGUGUACAGUUUGUGAUAACUUUUGUAACGAUUUAAAGUAAACAUUUGGGAUAUAAUUUAUUGUAUCUGUUUCAUAUGUAUUUUAACAAAAUAAAAAUAAAAAAUUAAGAGUCA